GGCGACAGCACACUGUUUGCCGCGCAACACCUAUCCAUACAUUCCUGCUCCAACACCACGCUACAAACACUCGCAAGCCUGCACCUUCUGCGUGCCCAGCUGCACCGCCGCACUUGUUUUCCUCGCAACGUGAGAAGGCUUCCAAUCUACUCUUGUUUUUCCCAACUAUCGAAAACCAUGGGAGCGGGGGCAUCUGCCGACCUGUCCAAGGACCAACUUAAGGAGAUUUAUGCGGACGUCAAGCACCGCCUGUACCCGCAUCAGCAGACGGCCGUGGAGACCUUGUUCGAGUCCUCGGAAAACGCGGCCGAGAUCCUCGAGUGCGUGAACACCCACCUCAAUGACGCCGAGGUUCCCAACAUGGACUACGAGACGAAGCCUGAUUUCACCGACAAGCACGUCUCACUCAUGUCGAAGCACCUCACGCCCGAGCUCUUCACGCAGCUCAAGGCCGCGGGCGCCACCUCCAAAGGGUACACAAUAUCCCGCGCUAUUCAGACGGGCGUGAUGACGCCCCACCUGGGUGUCGGCAUCACCGCCGGAGACGAGGAGUCGUGGGCACUGUUUAAGGACAUCUACUUCCCGAUCAUCAAGGGUUGGCAUCAGUUCGACCCAGAAACUCAGAGCCACGCGUCUGACCUCGACGCGUCGAAGCUAACCAUGACCGACGAGCAGGUGGCCAUGUUCAAUGAGUUUGUCGUGUCUACCCGCAUCCGCGCCGCCCGAAAUGUUUCUGGCUACGCCCUGCCUGCGGGCACUGAUGACGAGGACCGAAAGAAGGUGCGAGAAGUGCUUUGCGGAGCCUUCGAGAAGUUCGAGGGCGAGCUGGCGGGAAAGUUCUACGACCUUGGCGCGUUGUCUGACAAGGACCGCAACACGCUCCUGUCCAACGGCUUCCUGUUCCAGAUCCCUAAGACCACCAACCUCCUCUGGCACGCCGGAGCCGCCAAGAACUGGCCCACUGACCGCGGAAUCUUCCACAACGAAUCAAAGACCGUCUUGUGCUGGGUGAACGAGGAGGACCACUGCCGCAUCAUCUCCAUGGAGGACGGCGGCAACGUCAAGUCGGUCUUCACCAGAUUCGCCCAGAUAUCGGAGGCGCUCAAGACAGCCGCCGAGGCGAACGGAACCAAGCUCAUGUACUGUGACAAGCUUGGCUUCCUCGGUACCUGCCCGUCCAACCUCGGCACCGGGCUGCGUGCAAGUGUGAUGAUCAAGCUCCCCAAGUUCAACGAAACUGAAGAGUCGCGUCAAGUGCUUGAACAGGUGUGCGACAAGUUCGACUUGCAGCCAAGAGGGUCCGCUGGCGAGCACUCCGCUGCUGUCGAGGACAAGUUCGACGUCUCUAACAAGCAACGCAUCGGGUUCACCGAGGUGCAGCUGGUGCAGAAGAUGAUCGACGGGGUCACGCAGGUCAUCUCGUUCGAGAAGGCUAUGGCGGCGGGGGAGAAAGACCUCUCGGCAGUCAAGGGGGAGAUUGCCUAGCUGAUACUCAUCUACAGCUUGUAUACCACCGCAACUUGUGUGUGUAGGUUAUUAUAUGAGGCAAACUCCCACAUUUGACAUGGCAUCAGUGUAAAGCAGGGGAGAUGAUAGCAAUUUCAGAGGAUGAGAGCACAGUGUAAGCAAUGGGUGGAAGAAACCACUCAGUCGUUUUCGAUGAGUAUGUGGAGGGCAGUUGGGUUGGGGGCAGUUGCAUGCAAACAUGUUAAGCAUAUCAUAGCAGAAGCACGUAUGAAGCACGGUCGCGUACUCCUCGUGGGGAUGCCGACAUUUUUACUAUCACGUCUUUACGAGGAACAUCCUUUGGUGGGCGCCGAAGAUUCAGCUCUUGAAUUACGACGCGGGGGGAGGAAAGUAGGUGUAGUGCAAAAAGUCAGGGGGACUUCGUGUUGUCUCAUCUGUCUCUAGCACAACCUGUACACGCUGGUUUACCGCUGUAAGCAGACCUAGUCACAGAGUGCAACGAUAUGGGUCAAGCGGUUGUGUACAAAGGGGGUCGGAUGUCAAGUGCCCUCCCCCUGGGGGGGAGAGGUGCGGGGGGCUGGGCGAGGGAGGAAGUAGGGUUAGGUAGGGUCCGUCCGCAUCGAAUCAUUCUGCUGGUUUGCCUUGUUUCUCGGUCGUCCUAUCCCAGUGUGCAGCUUAGCUAUGCAUCCACCUGCGGUCGUGAAGGAAGCCUACAUUUAAAACAGAGUUGGCCGUCCUUCACCUGGCAGUGCGAGAGAAUUGCGUAUCUUUGCAGAACAAUCAUGUAUUAGGCUCUUUUCCAAACAGCCGUCAUGGACGCCCUGUGUGCUGUGAACGCGAACUUUUUCGCCCCCGCAAGGUAGAGAGGGCAGUGGCUUCCGUCACGUGUCUUGCACGACCAACAUUGGAAAGCCAGUCGCAUGACAAACAGGAGGGCUGUGACAACUCGAGCAAAGUCCACAGUGGCAUUCAAAAUGGCAGCGACGCUGCACCCGUUGGAUUUGGUCCGAUGAAAGGCCGUUCGGCGACC